CCCCUUACUAUUCUCUCUCUGUCCCGAAAAGAUAAAUAGUGCAUAUUGAGUUUUAGGAUUUGUACAAAACUCAAUAUGGAUUUUUUUUUGGGACAAAGACGGAGAAAAUUUGUAUACAAAUAUGUUGAUAAAGGUUAUUUAUUUUCUUCCUCGUAUGUUUGUUUGGUGUUUUCAGAAGGAUGAUUAUGUUGUAGUUGAAAAGGGAACCACAACGUUGGGUUUUGUAUUCAACAAUGACGGGGUUAUGGUAGCCGUUGAUCAUGAUUCACGCAAGCUAGUUGACGGAAGACUGUCUAUGUCAUUAGGUGCGAUUCCGGAAAACGUUUGUGUUCUUGAUUCACACUUGUUUGCCACUCUUUCCGGAGGGGACAGUAUUUUGUGCGAGACUUUGCUGGGUCGAUUCCAACAACUGGUAAUUUGAUUUUCUAUUAGGAUAACAUUGUCAACUCUGUAAUUUUUCUAACAUUUUUCCUUCAAGAAUGAUUGUCUAAUUCAAGUCGACAGAUUUUUUUUUUCUGUUGUAGUG